GGUGGCAAAAGUUGUACAUAGCUCUUGGGGUACAGCCUACAGGGGUUAGUUGGGGCGGUGGAGUUGCAUUCUUGAAAGGUGAAGCCCAAGAUCCGAUCAGUAAUGGCAGCUUCCACUGUCCUAUUCACAACUAUUCUGCUCUUCCUCGCUCUUUCAGAUUCAAGUCUCCAAGUCCAGAGCCUGAGCUUCGGAAUCAACUAUGGACAAAUAGCCAACAACCUCCCAUCUCCGUCGCGAGUGGCCGUACUCCUCCAGUCCCUCAACGUCAGCCGCAUCAAACUUUACGACGCGGAUCCGAACGUCCUCCAAGCCUUCGCGAACUCCAAGGUUGAUUUCAUCAUCGGCCUCGGCAACGAGUACUUGCAGAGCAUGUCCACCGACCCUCUCAAAGCCCAAACCUGGAUUCAGCAGCACGUGCAGCCCCAUCUCCCCCAGACCAAAAUCACGUGCAUCAACGUCGGGAACGAAGUCCUCGGCGGCACCAACACCCAGCUGUGGUCGUACCUCCUCCCGGCAAUGCAAUCAGUCUACCGCGCCCUCGUCAACCUCGGCCUCUCCAAACAAGUAGCUGUCACGACCGCGCACUCGCUUACUAUUUUAGGAAACUCCUACCCGCCGUCCUCGGGGAGUUUCCGACAAGACCUCGCUCAAUAUAUCCAGCCGAUCCUCAGCUUCCACUCGCAAGUUAAUUCGCCUUUUUUGAUAAAUGCUUAUCCGUACUUUGCUUACAAGGACAAUCCAGGUGAAGUUUCGAUAGAGUACGUGCUGUUCCAGCCUAAUUCUGGUAUGGUCGAUUCAGUCACGAAUCUCCACUACGACAACAUGCUGGAUGCCCAGAUUGAUGCCGUUUAUUCCGCCAUCAAGGCGAUGGGCCAUUCGGACAUCGAGGUCCGAAUAUCCGAGACCGGCUGGCCUUCCAAGGGGGAUGCCAACGAGGCCGGCGCCACGCCGGAGAAUGCUGGUAUUUACAAUGGGAAUCUGAUGAGGAAAAUUGAAGAGAAGAAAGGGACGCCGGCGAAGCCUCAAGUUCCGAUUGACAUUUACGUUUUUGCACUGUUUAAUGAGGAUUUGAAGCCUGGUCCGGCAUCGGAGAGGAACUAUGGACUAUAUUAUCCGAAUGGUACUCAGGUCUAUGAUAUUGGAUCCCAGGGUUAUCUUCCUCAGCUAACUUUUUCUGCAGACUCUAAUAUAAAUGUCAUAUCCAUCUUCAAUUUUCUGAGCCUUCUCAUUGUGUACAUAUUAUUAUGUGUUUAUUAGAGCUCAUAUAUUCGGUGAACUUUUUAGGGGGAGGAAGACGUGCAGACAGGAGCAACAUCAAGAAUUCCUGAAGAUUUUUAAGAAGCAAAAGGAAUUCUAAUAGGUUAUAUUAAGAGAAUGAGAUCCGUAUAUUAAUAGCUUUAGUUUUUCUUAUACUGUAUAUGGACGAUCACAUUUAUUUUCAUUGAUUUUCUACGCUGGUGAACUAGCAAAUAAUCUACCAUAGCAUUUCAAUUUUACACAAUAUUGCUGAAUAAUGGAAUAAAAAGGAUACAUUAUUGUCGCUGUAUUUUUCCUUGA